AUGGGCUUCUCCAGCCGCGUCGAGGCCCCGACCGAGGAGCUGCCCGGCCCUCCCGCCGUCGAACUCGACGUCCCGACGCCCGCCGACACCGCCGCGCCGACGCAGCCGGCCGCCGCCCUCCCCUCCGCCACCGAUCUCGGCGAGGGGCUGGGCUGCCUCGGCACGCUCUACUCCCACAAGUACACUUGGGUGCUGCGGCUGACCUCCUUCCCGGACGGCCACAAGGCGGAGGAUCAGGCCGAGGGCACCAACGUGGCCAAGUACUUUGACCGCGGCUGGUGCGCCACCGAGUCAAGCUGGGCUGGCCUGACAAAGGCUUGCUGCCUCUCGCUCGACGUCGGCAAGAUGCGCGCCGGCAAGGAGUACGACUUGGACAGCCUCAUCGACGACUGCGUCCAGGCCGGCGGCCGGCGCCCUCCGCUGCUGCCGUCUGCGUUCGCGGCGGAGCUGGAGACGAAGAGCUUCACCAACGGCAAGGACGACAAGCCGCUGGUGAAGGGGUUGUACAAGGACGCCUUCGAGGAGCAGUUUGGCAAGGCGACCGUGCUGAACUACCGCGGCCUCGGCUGGGGCGACGCGGAGGCGGCGCAGCUGGCGGAG